AUGUAUUUGAAAAAGCCAAAUAUGGCUGCGCCCUUGUCCCACUGAAUUACAUAUUGGAAACGGACGGUCGAUAGCUAACAUAACAGUACAGUAACACUGGUGCCUACGGUACGGGAGAUUUAAAGCCAUGGUUUGUGAAAAGUGUGAGAAAAAACUUGGAAAAGUUAUAACUCCUGAUCCAUGGAAAUCUGGAGCCAGAAACACAACAGAGAGUGGGGGUCGGAAGGUUGGAGAAAACAAGCUGCUGACUGGCAAAAAAGCGAGGUACAACCCUUACACAAGACAGUUCAACAAGUGUCGGAUAUGCAAGCAGUCUGUACAUCAAGUUGGCUCGCACUACUGCCAAGGGUGUGCAUAUAAAAUAGGGAUUUGCGCAAUGUGUGGCAAGAAAAUCCUGGACACGAAGAAAUACAAGCAGACAUCUGUAUAGCCGUUACAUAUUCGUUCUACAUUGGUAACAUUUUUCUUGACAAUGAUGAAAACCUUCCCCCUGUACCAUGUACUGCCCUCUUUCUGCGGUUCCAAGUUUUCUGAGGAUGCAAAUG